AUGCCAAAAAUCGCUCUUCUAUGCUUGGAUAAUUCCGUAUUGAACUUUGCUGCGACCUUGUUUAUGCUGCCAAAAGUGGCUGACGAGGACUACCGGCCAGAUCAAAUGAUCUUGGCUGCCGCUGCACCAGAUUCUGAAUAUAGAAACGAAUUUCAAGACCCCACAGGCAGAGCAGUCAUCCAACAGAAUCUCGCCAUCAUAGAAGCGGUUGCUGGUACCUUGACUUGUGUUAAGAAUGAUGAUAAAGUUGCAACUAGCAAUGAUCUCAUAUGUGUAUGCGAUAGCUUAGAUUGCUCCGUAGAUGAGAGCGGCAAAUUUGUCGUUUCACUUAAUUGUAAAGAGGGUGAGGCAGGAAACUUUUCGUGUGUAUCUGGAGAUCAUUCUUCUGGUGUCGAUAGCUCCCCUGACAAGAAGAAACGUGAUGGCAUUCCAAAGACCACCAACCAAAACGCAACCAGCCAAGCAUCUUUCAAAACACGUCGAGGUUUUAGCUUCAUCGGUGGACUUUGCGAAUUCUUCACUGGUGGCAGUGAUAAAUGCGAUAUAUUCAUUAAGAAACGAGACUUGAGCUUUACAACCGGUUCUAGUCAGUACACAGACCAGUGA